AUCUGGCUCAGCAGCAUGCUGCUAGCCAUCCCAUGUCUUCUGUACUCCACCACCAAAGUAUACAGGUCGAAGGGUACCCUGAAGACCGCAUGUCUACUGUUGUGGCCGGAUGGUUUGCCAGAUGUAUCCUAUAUGGAUUAUAUCUACCAAGUGUUGUUUCUCGUGGUGACGUACGCGGUGCCAAUGUUGGGGAUGACGUUCUUCUACUCGGCCAUGGGGCGAGUGCUGUGGGGCUCCGGGUCCAUCGGCGAGAUGACCCAGAGACAAGUCGACUCCAUACGCUCCAAGAGAAAGGUGGUGAAAAUGUUCAUACUCGUGAUAGUGAUAUUCGGCAUCUGCUGGCUACCGUACCACGGCUACUUCAUCUACACGCACUUUGACCCGUCCAUCCUCUACAUGAAAUACGUGCAGCACCUGUACCUGGCCUUCUACUGGUUAGCGAUGGCGAACGCCAUGGUCAACCCCAUCAUCUAUUAUUGGAUGAAUGCCAAGUUCAGGACGUACUUUCGGACGGCGAUCCUGUGCCGGUGGCGCGACGUGUGCCGGCGCCGGCGCAAGCGGCCGCUGCCCGAUUCGCCGCCGGACUGUAUCUCGCAGUCCGGCAGCCGAUCCCGAUCAGGUUUUUACUCGUUAACGGGUCGAGGAGCUCAAAGACUCAAGGGCAAAUGCAGUUCUAGAAUGGCCGCCCUCGUCGUAUCGGAGUCACUUCGACCUGAGAUCGCAGAGACAGCCUUCGCUUGCUAGCUGCCCGAAGUGUCCGCACCGGACAUAUUAUGAUGCCUACAUACACGGGCGGAAAGUGUAAGAACAAUUUGACAAACAAUUUUGUGUUACCAGUUAAGGUCCGUGAAUUGCUCAGUGGUG